AAACGCUUUUCUAAACACUUAAUCAGUUAACAUUAUUAUAUUCUUCUAAAUAUGCCUAAUACGUUUUUCAUUUUUGUUCUUGUGUUGACAUUUGCAAAGCAAACGAUUAGCUUCGUCGAUGACUGCUUCAAUUGUCCCAAUUCGACUCUCAAAUACAACAAGCCGCUCAGCUACUCAGUAUACGAUCCUGGCUGGAGUUUGAUAAAUAAUGGCGCUCUUGAAGUCUGGUUCAGAACAGGAAUGAAGAACGCAAUGGUGGUAUAUGAAGAUGAUGGUGGAAAAGGAGAAUUUUUUGACGUCUUCCUCGUUGGAGGCAAAAUCCGAAUGCGGAUGCAAGUCGGAUAUUGCAAUAUAGAAAAAAGAGUCAUUAAUGGUAGUUUCAAUGAUUUGAAGUGGCACAAAUUGGUAAUUCGAAAAGAAAAGAAAAACACUACGCUAAGUGUCGACAGCAUCGCAGCCGAGCCAAUCCAGUGCUCUUCUCAGUUGGAUUCAAUGACUGCUUUGUACACUGGCCACCUUUCGAUUUUCGUAAGAGAGUCUUCUAAUAGUUGGACUUUCCCUAGCAGUCUGUGGCAAUCAAUAAAUAAUGUAUUCCAAGGGUGUAUCAAAGACAUUCAGUACGUUGAAGAUGGAGUCAUUACCAGACCUCAUUUGCGAGCYACAGUUGGGACUGAACGUGGAUGUAGCAAUCCUUGCCAGUCACUGAAAUGUAGACAUGGUGGCAGAUGUGUUGAUCGUAUAUUGACAGCCUGGUGUAACUGCGAAGGGACUGGUUACCAAGGGAAACGUUGUGCAAGAGUAAUCAAGAACAGAUCAACCAAGCCACCAACUACAAAAUCACUUACAACAAAGAAGAUUACCUACAAAGUAAAAGACCCAAACAAGAUCCCCCUUUUACAAAAAGAGAGAGAAGUUUCCGCCAUUAAUUCUCGAAUAAAGAAUAUUGGAGUACACCAUGGCCGUUGCAUGGAUCUCUGGGCAGUUGCUACUGCGACUGUACUUGGCAUGGCUAUCAACACAUGAGUGACAUUUGUAGAUCUUGGUUGAUAAUCUCAGACAUUUUCUUUAUUUUAUCAAUUGGGAUUAUAUCUUCAUUAUGAAGAAAAUUCAAGAAAAUUUUAGGAAAAGAACCGACAUAAUGAAAAUUAGUAUGAGUUCAUUACUACUCUUUUCAUUGCUAUGCGCUGAUCGUGAUAACAGUCCCGACAGUUUAAUUGGACUUUACACUUCCGCCAAUCAAAUAAAUUGUUUGGUACCUUUAUAUUCUCUGAUUGGCGGCAGUUCAUUGCCCUAUUCCGGGAUCCGCUGUUGCGAUUGUUGUCUCGAUGGACAGCGCGCAACAGCGAAAAGAGUGGUAAUGCACACUAAAAGAAACCGGUAAACUUUGAGGAAGUGGAAAAUAAAAAUAAUAAUGUUGUAUUGUUUAGGUCAUGCAUGGUAGAAUGUCAAAAAUUAUUGUCUACGAAAUAAUCUAGUUAAAGAUGAAAAUGAUUUCAAGUGCGGUAAGGAAUGUAAGGAAUAUAUUUGCUGGGUCACAGUUGUGUUGUCCACCGUGUUCAAAAAAUAAU